AUGGAUUUCGACAACCUCAAGGACAAAGUGAGCAACCUCACGCUCUACGACAUCAAGGCCGGCGUGCGCAAGGUCCAAAAUGCCGUCAUGAACUAUACCGAGAUGGAGUCGAAGGUGCGCGAGGCCACUAACAAUGAGCCCUGGGGAGCAUCUUCGUCUCUGAUGCAGGAGAUCGCGAAUGGCACGUACAACUACCAGCUGCUCAACGAGAUCAUGCCCAUGAUUUACAAGCGUUUCACCGAGAAGUCCGCGGAGGAGUGGCGGCAAAUCUACAAGGCCCUCCAACUCCUUGAGUUCUUGGUCAAGAAUGGCUCCGAGCGUGUCAUCGACGACGCACGAUCCCACCUCUCGCUCCUCAAGAUGCUGCGCCAGUUCCAUUACAUCGACAUGAACGGCAAGGACCAGGGUAUCAACGUGCGCAACCGAGCAAAGGAACUGGGCGAGCUGCUCAGUGAUGUGGAGCGCAUCCGUUCAGAGCGCAAGAAGGCCCGGGCUACUCGCAACAAGUAUACUGGUGUCGAGGGUGGUGCCGGUCUUGGUUUCUCCUCCAACAACCGCUAUAGCGGCUUUGGCAGUGAGAGCGGUGGUGGCUUUAAUGGCGGCGGCGGCUAUGGCGGCUUUAGCGGAGGUGUCUACGGCGACGGUGGUGGCUUCGGCGGCGAGGCAGACAGCAGCUACCAUGGCUCGGGCAACAGCAGGCGAGACAGGUUUGACGAGUAUGACGAGUACGACGAAGGCGCAGUUGCAGCUCCUGGCAGGCGGCAGGCCGACCAAAGAGCUGGUGUCAGACGGGAGACCAGCGGUGGUGCCGCCAGCAAGAAGAAGGAGGAGCCUCCCAAACCCAAACAACCCGAAGUCGACCUCUUCUCCUUCGACGACCCCGAACCCACUCCGUCAACUUCCAAUGGCAAGGCUCCUGCCACAAGCUCCGCCGCUGACGACUUCGGCGCCAUGCAAUCCGGCGGUACAGCAGACGAUGACGAUUUCGACGACUUCCAGUCUGCCACUCCGGCUCCAGUCGCCGCUCCAGUCGCAUCAGCUCCCGCUCCCACAGCCGGCGGCUUCGGCGUCCUCGCCCCCGCGCCAGCAGCACCUGCUGCCCAGCCAACGCAGUUCGCCGCACCGCAGCCGCGUUCGGGUGCCCAAGCGUCCAACAUCAACGACCUGUUCUCGUCCAUCCACUCGCCCACGGGCAGCAUUUCUUCUGCGCGCCAGACGCCGGCUGCCACUUCCUCCGCCUUCUCCCCGCCGCCUCCGCAGCAGCAGCAGCCCAUGGGCUACACCCCCAACCAGCCCAACUACUUCACCUCCGUGCCGGCCGGCGGGAUGACGCUCUCGGCCCAACAGACCGGCGGAAGCCUCAACAAGGGUCCCGCACCAGGCGUCCUGUCGCCCACCGGCACCGGCGGCGGCUUCGGCGCCAAGAAGCCCGCCGGCGGCGACGCCUUUUCCGACCUGCUCUCCGGCAUGGGCUCGAAGAAGCCCGCCCAGACGGGGCCCAAGGUCACGAUGGCGGAUCUGGCAAAGCAAAAAACGAGCAGUGGCCUGUGGGGUGCGCCGGCCGGCGCGUCCCCGGCCGCGCCUGCAGCCGGCACUCCGGCGCAGGGUCAGAAGACGGGGAGCAGUGGGUUGGACGACUUGUUGGGUUGA